AUAAGCCACAUGAUUCAUUCGAUUCUGUUCACCAUUAUCCUGUAUUAGUAGACAAGUUAAACUAGUACUGGAAACGGAGACGACCCAGGGGGCAUAUGAAUAAGUAAGUUGCAAUCCAGUCACAAAAGACACCUCGUCUCAAACGGAUCCAUUGGACCUCAUUCCAAUGCCAACCUUGUUGUUGAUGGUCCUGUUGAGCUAGUAGCAUUGGCUUUUUCUUUUUGACAACCACAAGUAGUUACCAGUACCGGUAUAUGUAGUAGAGAAACGAUGGCACCUCCUCCUUCUCGAAGCGCUGGCAUGGAUGCUUCCUUAUCCUCUCCUAGUCGAGGAGUGAAGAGCACAAUCGUCGCCAUACCUGGGAUGAGUCCUCGGGCACCUCAACUCAGUCCAACUCGAGUGGUCCGUCUUGCCGGCAGUGGAACUGGUGCCGCUGGAACGGAUCCCAACUUUUUGUUGGAUACACUGUACUCGCAUCAUCAUCAUCACAAUACGGCUCCACCCAUGACCCCCAAGCUGGAUUCUACAUCAACAACCACAAACACUAGUACAGCAGAAGACCCCACUCAAGCCGACCCCAUUGAAUUUUUGAAUCGUCAUUACACCAGCGAACAACUGCUGGUCCAACAAUUGCCCGAUUUGCGUCAAUCCGUAGGAGAACGCAUGGAACGACUGGACGACCGCAUUUCCAAUGCCCUUCAACGACAAUCGGAAACGGCCCAAUUGACACGUCGUCACGUCCAAGACAGCAAGGCAUCCGUCACCGCCUUGGUCAAUCGCAUUCAUUUGGUACAAGAAAAAGCACAGCAGAGCGAAGUGGCCGUACUAGAAAUCACACGCGAUAUGAAACGCAUGGAUCUCGCCAAGAAACAUUUGCAGCGAACCAUUACCACUCUCAAACGAUUGCACAUGCUCAUUCAUGCCGUCGAACAGUUGCGAUUGGCAUGUCUCCAAACGCCAUUUCCCGAUUACAAAACCGCGGCCCAUUUGGUGGACGCGACGCGUCUUUUAUUGCAGCAUUUUCAAGCGUACACGCACAAGGUCGAACCCAUGAUUCGAUUGGCACAAAAAGUGACCGAUCUACAGGAACAUUUGAGACUGGGGUUGGUACGAGGAUUUCGACUCAAGGGAUUGGGACUCGCCGCCACCAAACAAAUUGAAGCGCUCGCCGCCAAACGGGGAGGCAAGACAUUGCCGCCAUUGGAUGACGAGCAUAAUAAUAAACCACCCGUCAUGUCUCCCGCCGUCAUGGAAGGAGGGGUCCUGCUAGUGGAUGCACUGGGACAUGAUCAACGACGACGAUUUAUUAUUCAAUUCUGUCAAGAUCAAUUGGCACCCUACAAACAGGAUUAUCAACCCGUCGCCAAGGGACAGAAUCCACAAAAACGUGUCUCUAGUUUCAAAGUCGUCGAGAAUCCUGAACCAGAACCGGCACCCAUUUAUGGAUUGGAUUCCGUAGAGAAACGAUUCGUAUGGUUUCGAGAUCGGGUCACGCAAAUCAAUCAGCAAUUUGCAAAGGUCUUUCCGUCCUAUUGGAAUAUGCAGUAUUCGCUCUGUCGGGCUUUUCUAAUCAUGACAAAAGAACAUUUUCUACAGCUCUUGAGUGGACCUAAAAAGGAUGCCGAUGCCAACAAUGCGACUAUCUUGCUCAAAGCGUUGCAGAAAACCAUUGUCUUUGAAAAGGAAACCAUGGCAUGGCUCCCACGGGAAUUUGGCACCAAAUUCAUUUCGCCCAACAAUAAUGAAGCAGAAAUCAAUGCUACGCAACAGCAGCAACAACAACCUGCAGAUGAUGGAGCCGCGUCUACGGAACAGACCCCGGUCGAAUCCUUACUAGGAGUCUGCUCGGUCGCAUUUGAGAAAUUCAUGGGCCCCUACAUUGCUUUGGAAGAUCAGAGCAUGGACGAACAACUCAUCAACGCCGUCGAUGAUCGCACGGUCGAUAAUCGUGGAGAAAUGCCAGUAUUCACGUCGUCCACCAAAUUGUUUGUCUACAUCAAGGGCAGUAUUGCACGGUGCAAUGCCAUGUCCAAGGGGCAUGCCUUUUAUCUUUUGUACGAAGCCUUCCAGGGAGCCAUUCGCAAGUAUGCUCAAGUCCUGAGCGGAAAGCUUCCCCAACAACAAGUCUCUCAGACCGGAGUCUCGGGUGGACUCAACUUGCCGGGAUUUGGAACGGUCGGAAAACAGCAGCAGGAAAACAACAAUACCUCGUCAACCUAUCGCAUUCCACAAGGAGAAGAAAUGACCGUGUGUUAUGUGGUCAGUACCUGCGAGUAUUGUGCCGACACGGUGGAGGCACUGGAAGAUUUGAUUCGCGAUACCAUUGACGACGCCUACAAACCCAAGAUUGACAUGAUGGCACAACAAGAAGUCUUUCACGACGUGACCGCCAAAGCAAUCCGCGUUCUGGUGCUGGGAUUAGGCAACCGUGUCGAGAAUGCCUGGAAGAUGAUGGCAUCCAUCAACUGGGGGGCAUUCGAUAUGGUUGGCGAAGAGAGCUCCUACGUUCGGACAAUGCACGAGGAGAUUCAACCAUUUGUGACUACCUGUCGAGGACAUUUGCCGACUCCUCAUUUCCGAAGCUUUUGCGACAAGUUUGCGACUGCCUUUACCAAGACUUACUACAAUGCGCUGGUACACCUCAAAAAGAUCAACGAGCAGGCCACACAGCAACUCUUGCUGGACAUUUACAGUCUCAAGACGCUGUUCUUGAAGCUUCCCGUGUUGGAGCCAAAGAGCACAUCCUCCAUAACCAAGAAGGUCGCGUCUACGAUUGCCCCAGCGAUGUACACCAAGAUGAUCCACAAGCAGUUUGGUCGCAUUGAAACCUUGUUGAAGCUGGUUGGAACUCCUGCGGAUCUUCUCAUUGAUGUGUUCAAGGUGCAAUGGCCUGGAGGCUCGGCGCUGGACCUUCAGUCGGUCAUGUCGUUGAAGGGAAUGAAGCGAACGGAUCAAGCAGCCAUCCUUGAAAAGUUUGGUUUGGACCCUGCCACAGCCAUGAGAGGUGCACACAUGGGCGUAACAUCAGCAUCUCUAGUACAAGAACGUCUCCAAGCUGUCACUGGGAACGUUGGCAAUGCCCUCCAGGACAGGCUCGGAACGGACGUCGCAGCAAAGGUCAAUUCGGAUUUGACUCAGAUGCGCCAGAAGGUGGACGACUUCCGCAAGUCGUUCCGUUAGAGUAGCGAAUGAAUGCACCGGGUAGUAAUUCCAGACACUGGGCCUUCCCAGAAUAACUUAAGAAUUCUAGAGCGAGAGGUUCAAAACACCAAAGGUAUGCACCCAUCAGAUAGCUAAUCUACAUGUACAAGUGCCGGUUCCAAGUAUAACUAACUAUUCUUUAGUCUUCCGAUUCGUUGUCAUUCUGCUGUUGCUUGCUCCUCUUCUUCUUUCUAUCAUAAUGCGAGGUAUCGAUGCGAUUCCUCCAUGGGUUCUUGUUCUUAUCUCUGCGAUUGUUGUUGCGUUGCAGAUUGAGCAUCCAAUCUUCGACCUUGCAACCCGAUUGUUUCAUUACAUUGGCAAUGGUUCGCAAGUGUUCAAAGUCAGCUUCGGUGAACAAUGUAAUGGCAGUACCUUUCCUUCCGGCUCGACCCGUGCGUCCGAUUCUAUGAACAUAGCUGAUACCUGAAGUAGGUAGAUCGUAGUUGAUGACCAUAUUGAUGCUCUUGAAAUCCACAC